AUGGCUGGGUCGCUGAAAAGAAAGUUUGACCAAUUGGAAGAGGAUGACUCCUCGCUCUGCUCGUCUUCAUCUUUGUCCUCCUCGGGCCGCUGCUCUGGCCCCUGCUCCCCAAGCUCUUCAGUCUCCCCAGCCUGGGACCCGGAAGAGGAGGGCCCCUGGGAUCAGAUGUCCCUGCCGGACCAGACCGUCUGUGGCCCCCAGAGUUUUACCCCCUCGUCCAUCCUGAAGCGGGCCCCCCGGAAGCGCCCGCGCCGCCUUGCCUUCACUGGCACCACCGUCUUCUACUUCCCACGGUGCCAGGGCUUCACCAGCGUGCCCAGCCGCGGGGGCUGCACUCUGGGCAUGGCCCCUCGCCACAGCGCCUGCCGCCGCUUCUCCUUGGCCGAGUUCGCCCAGGAGCAGGCCCGGGCACGGCAGGAGAAGCUCCGCCUGCGCCUGAAGGAGGAGAAGCUGGAGGUGCUCCGAGCGAAGCUUACGGAGGCUGGGGUCCCCGAGGCGGAGGCCGGCCUGACGUUGACAGUGGACGCCAUUGACGAUGCCUCUGUGGAUGAGGAGUUGGCGGAGGCUGUGGCCGGCGGCCGGCUGGAGGAAAUGACCUCCCUGCACCCCUACCCGGCCCGGAAGCGGCGGGCCCUGCUGCGGGCUGCGGGCGUGCGCAAGAUCGACCGGGAGGAGAAGCGGGAGCUGCAGGCUCUGCGCCAGUCCCGGGAGGACUGUGGCUGUCGCUGCGACGGGGUCUGUGACCCCGAGACCUGCAGCUGCAGCCUGGCGGGCAUCAAGUGCCAGAUGGACCACACAGCGUUCCCUUGCGGCUGCUGCAAGGAGGGCUGCGAGAACCCCAAGGGCCGCGUGGAGUUCAACCAGGAGCGGGUUCAGACCCAUCUGCUCCACACGCUCACCCGCCUACAGCUGGAGCAGGGGACUGAGAGCCUCGGGGAGCUGGAGGCCCCUGCCUUGGGCGGCCCACCCAGCCCUGGUGGGCAGACCCUGGCCCCCACCUUCCCCCUGGCCAGCCCCCCCGUGAGCAGCGAGCUGGGAGACCACAGCUGCAGCAGCGACAUGACCGAUUCUUCGGCGGCAUCGGGCGCUAGCGAGUCCCCCGACAGUCCUGCCCAUCUGGCCCUGCCCGACCCUGGCUUCCAGCCUGGCUCGGAUGAUGACAGCCUGGAGCAGAUCCUGAGGUUCAGUGACUCAGACCUGGGUGGAGAGGAGGAGGAGGAGGAAAAAGGGGGCGUGGGGAACCUCGACAACCUUAGCAUCUUCCACCUCGCCGAUAUCUUUGGCUCCGGUGACCCCGGUGGCCUGGCCGGCUGGACCCACAGCUAUUCCAAUACCAGCUUCACAUCGGGCAUCCUGGAUGAAAAUGCCAACCUGGAUGCCAGCUGCUUCCUGAACAGUGGCCUGGAAGGGUUGGGAGAAGGCAGCCUCCCUGGCACCGAGGUGCCGCCCAGCCUGGACGCCGGCCAGAGCAGCUCCGUGGACCUCAGCUGGUCUUCCUGCGACUCCUUCGAGCUGCUCCAGGCCCUGCCGGACUACAGGCUGGGGCCCCACUACACCUCCCGGAAGGUGUCCGACACCCUGGACAACUGGGAGGCACCCCACUUCUCCCCGCCCGGGGACACCAGUGUUUGCUUCUUGGAAUCCAUCAUGGGCUUGUCUGAGCCAGCUGCUGAGGACGCUGGCUUCCUUCUGGGACUGCCAGUUGUGUGA